AUCAAUAGGUACGCGCACCCGGUCCGGGGCACAUCGCCGCCGCUCCAUGUGCCAUCAGCAGCAGUCGGUAUGAUUCGUCCGUCGGGACAGACACUAAGCAGCGGCGCCUUCAAGGCAUCCUCGUGGCUACGCGCGUACUAAGGACAUGCGGUGCCAUGUCCAUGCCAUCCCCAGCCAAUGACUUGGCCACGGCGGGGAAGUGGCUAGAACAGAACCCCGCUCUCAUCGAGCAAUGGCUUAAAGAACACGCUUCUCAAGAACUUCGCCAGCGGGUGCACCAGGCGGUCCUGCAACCUCCCGCGAACACCAACACCAGAAGGACGUCCAUCACCUCGGAUUUAUUUCAGCUGUGGUUGGCGGCCUCACCGGCUAAUAACGAUAAGAAUGUCAAGAGUGUGUAUCCCGUUAAAGACCUGGACUCCCUGGAGGAGUCCGAGCUCUUUAUGGAACUCAUCCGCGACGUGGCAAAUGAGCUCGAUAUCAACGUUCUCUCACACAAAAUACUCAAGAAUGUCAGUAUACUCACUCACGCCGACAGGGGUUCGCUCUUCUUGGCUCGCGGUCCUCCAGAAGACAGGUACCUGGUGGCUAAACUUUUUGACGUCCAGCACGAUACCUCUUUGGAGGAGGCGGUCAAAUUGGCGAGAUCGGAGGAAAUCAGGAUCCCUUUUGGGGUGGGCAUCGCUGGAACCGUUGCCCACACCAAAACCUUCAUUAAUAUUAAAGACGCUUACAAGGACCCCCGUUUCAGCAGCGAAAUGGAUCGAAAAACCGGCUACAGAACGAACUUGGUGCUUUGCAUGCCGAUCUGCAACUACGAGGGCGACGUGAUCGGCGUCGCACAAAUCAUCAACAAGACCAACGAAUCUAAGGAGUUCACGCCGCACGACGUCGAAGUUUUCAAGAGAUAUCUCACGUUCUGCGGCAUCGGCAUCCAGAAUGCACAGCUAUUCGAAAUCUCUGUAUUGGAGUACAAACGAAAUCAGAUUUUGCUUAACCUGGCGCGUAGCAUAUUUGAGGAGCAGAACAACCUCGAGUGUUUGGUGACGAAAAUAAUGAGAGAAGCCCAGGAUUUAUUAAAGUGCGAACGAUGCGCCGUUUACUUAUUGGAUCUGGACUGCUGCGAAGCGAAUCAUUUGGAACGCAUAAUAGAACGUCCAGGCAAAACGGUGCAGCGCCAUGCGCCUCUGAAUCGCGUCGAGAGCGGCACAGUAAACGUGGAAGACAUGCGCGAGAGCGGCAUGCGCAAACCCACUUCCUUCACGACAAUCUUCGAGCUGCGCGAGGGCGGCACCAAAACUCUGGUGUCGCGUCCGUCGUGCUUCGACUUGGCCUGUUCCACGCUGGCGCAGAUCGCAGGCUACGCGGCGUCGACGGGUCAAAUUUUGAAUAUCGGAGACGUGAAGGCAUGGCUAACGCAGAAACAUAGCGAAGGGGAUGCGGAGUCCGCAAGGACGAUACUGUGCAUGCCGAUCAUUAAUGGACAAAGGACGUUAAUUGGCGUGGCCCAGCUAAUCAACAAAGAAACUGGCAGCCCGUUCACCGAUUGCGACGUCUCUUUAUUCGAAGCCUUCGCGAUUUUCUGCGGCCUAGGCAUCCACAACACCCAGAUGUACGAGAAUGCGUGCAAGCUGAUGGCCAAGCAGAAGGUGGCUCUGGAAUGCCUGUCGUACCAUGCGACGGCGAGCAACGACGCCACAGAGAUGCUGGUGAAGGAGAACAUCCCGUCGGCUGGCAACUUCAAUCUCUACAGUUUCACUUUUAUCGAUUUCGAAUUGAACGAUGUGGAGACGUGUAAAGCCACUAUUAGGAUGUUUUUAGAGUGCAAUUUGGUGCAGCAGUUUCAUAUACCUUAUGAUGUGCUUUGUCGAUGGGUCUUGAGCGUGAAAAAGAACUACCGUCCUGUCAAAUACCACAACUGGCGGCACGCUCUCAACGUCACCCAGACCAUGUUCGCCAUGUUCAAAACCGGUAAAAUGGACCGAUUCAUGAGCGAUUUGGAGAUGCUGGGUCUGCUGGUCGCGUGCCUUUGCCACGAUCUCGACCAUCGAGGCACCAAUAACGCUUUCCAGACGAAGACGGAGUCCCCGCUGGCGAUUUUGUACAGCACUAGCACGAUGGAACAUCACCACUUCGAUCAGUGCGUGAUGAUACUAAACACUGACAGCAAUAAUAUUUUUCAAGCCCUGUCACCUGAAGACUAUAGAAAGGUGAUGAAAUUGGUGGAAACAGCAAUUCUCUCGACUGACUUAGCAAUGUACUUUAAGAAAAGAAAUAAAUUUUUAGAGCUUAUAGAUAACGGCGAGUUUGACUGGCAGAGUGACGACAAAAAAGAACUUCUUUCGGGGAUGAUGAUGACGGCGUGUGACGUCAGCGCCAUCGCCAAACCUUGGGAGGUCCAGCACAGGGUUGCCAAGUUGGUGGCGGAUGAGUUCUUUGACCAAGGCGACUUGGAAAAAAUGCAACUCAAAGAGCAACCAAUUGCAAUGAUGGACAGAGAACGUAAGGACGAGCUGCCGCAGAUGCAGGUCGGUUUCAUCGACGUUAUCUGUUUGCCUCUGUACCGGGUGUUGUCGGACACGUUUCCAUGGGUGAAGCCCUUGUAUCAAGGGACACUCGAGAACCGGCAGAACUGGCAGGACCUGGCCGAAAAAGUCGAAAUGGGUCUGACAUGGAUCGAUCACGACACCAUCGAUAAACCUGUCGAGGCCUUCACAGAAAUAACAUUAAAACCAAAACCAACUCACACCAUCAUUAUCGAAGGAAACAUCGGCAGUGGAAAAACAACGUUUUUAGAAACCAUUACAAAAAAACUUGAACAUUGCGAAAUAUUCCCUGAACCUGUUGAUGUAUGGCAAAAUUACAAGGGGAAAAAUUUGCUCGAUUUAAUGUACAAAAAUCCAAAAAAGUACUGCUACAAAUUUCAAAAAUGCGUUAUUAAAACCAUGGUGGAGCAACACAACAAAAUUACUGAUAAAAGAAUAAAAUUAAUGGAACGAUCGUUGUUUAGUGCUAGAUAUUGUUUUAUAGAAAAUAAUUACCAAAAUAAUAUGCUAACAAAAAAAGAGUACCAACAUCUGAACGAAAAAAUUGAGGAGAAUUCCAAAUCCAUAAAAUGCGAAUUAAUCAUUUAUUUACGAACGUCCCCCAAUGUUGUUCUCGACAGGAUAAAGGCAAGAAAAAGGGAUGGCGAAGAGGAAAUAUCCAUUGAAUAUUUAACAAAACUACACGAACUACACGAAAAAUGGUUAUGCGAAACUUCAGUUCACCGUCCUGCGCCAGUUUUAAUAAUAAAUGGCAAUCUUGGAAAGGAUGAAAUAAUAAAAGAGUACAUUAAGUUUCGACGUUAUACAGAAGAGACUUUAAAAAUAUUGUAAUUCAAUGCCAUACAAUCAUUUAUCCGGAAACCAAAGAAGACAUAGAACUUACAGUCCAAACCCUUCAUUCUGUGUUGGCUUCUCAACCAAUAGAACUUAAGAAAAAACACAAACACAAGUUAUGUUGUCUAUUGUGACAUAACCUAUUUAUAUUCUUGUAAAAAAAAUUAUUUCCAUAAUUUUAUAGAGAAAAUGUUAAAAUCGUCAACUGUCCAAUAGCAAUUGUUCUAAAGAAAUAUAUGAACAAAGGUAGUUUUUGUACGGGGUGGUCAGAGUAUCCCAAUUUUUUAGAUUUACCCUGUAGUACCUAUGUAAAAUUAUAAAAUUACUAGUUAUUUUUAACUUGUCAAUUUUAAUUUUGGUAUUGGACAAACGAGUAAAAAAUUAUUUGUACUA